AUGGAGUCUCUCCAACAAACUCUCCAAACGAACCUCCUCACCCCAUUGCAAUCAUAUCUCAAGCCCAUCACCUUAAUCCUUCCUGAACAUAUUUCCGAUAUCUUCGUGUCUCUUCUUGGCGAACACUGCUACACAACCCUCAUCUCGCUUGACGUCACCUCAGACCCAGCCUGUGUGCGUCUAGCCAUCUCCAAAUUCCUAGGCAUAGCCAUUGUCUCAUUGAGCUCCAUUGUCAAAGUUCCACAGAUCUUGAAAAUCCUUUCCUCCCGGUCCUCAGCGGGUAUAUCCUUUACCUCCUACGCGCUCGAGACGACAAGUCUGCUGAUCAUACUCUCAUAUAAUACGCGCCAGAAGUUCCCCUUCAGCACCUAUGGCGAGUCUGCACUGGUCGCUGUGCAGGACGUCGUGAUUGGCGUUCUGGUGCUCUCGUUUUCUGGUCAUCCUGCGGGAGCUGCCGCAUUUGUCGUUGCCGUUGCAGGCGUUGUCUAUGCGUUGUUACUUAGCGGUGAAACUAUAGUGGAUCAGACGAUGAUGGGGUAUUUGCAGGCGGGGACAGGACUGCUGGGGAUGUCGAGCAAAGUACCGCAGAUUGUGACCGUGUGGAAGCAAGGCGGUACUGGACAGCUAAGCGCAGUUGCGGUAUUCGGUUACCUUUUAGGUUCCAUUUCGCGCAUUUUCACGACGCUCCAGGAGGUUAACGAUAAGCUCAUCCUUUAUAACUUUUUGGCUGGGUUUUCCCUUAACCUGACUCUAGCCUUGCAAAUGAUAUACUAUUGGAAAAGCCCGGUUACCGCUCCAGCCAAACAACCGAAAAUCAAAAAAUUAGAGGAUGAAGGAAGUUCAGAUCCCUGGUGCUAA